CUUGUUGGUCAUCCAAGUGGGUCCCACUUUAUUGUCCUGAUUCUUUGGUUAAUGUGUGAAACUGAAACCAAACAUCAUUGUACUAGUACUAAAUUUCCAACCGCGUCCUACCCAUGUUCUUGUCUUCAUUGUUUCACUUUCACCGUUGUUUUGGUUAAUAUGGUUUAUGUUUAGUUAAUUUUCCUCUUUAGUAUUAAUAUUAAUACAGUUGCACCCUUUUAUUGAAAAAACAUUAUUAUCAUUAUAAGAAAAAUUGUAUUUUGGAACCUAGUUGUAGGAUUCUAGUAUUUGUUUGCGGUGGUUAUUGUACUUUGUUUGUUGUAUGCUAAUACUGCUAAUGUUCUUUGUUUCCCUCCCAUGUGCUCAUUUUUGUUUUCUUCUACUUUCCUUUCUUCUUGAACAAAAAAAGCUCAAUUUUUGAGGUCUUAAACUGUUUCUGUGUGAAAAAUCAGCUACUUCUCUUCAACUUGUUGGUGGGUUUCUUGAGGUUCUUUUUUCUUUCUCCAGAUCCAACUUCAGCUUAAUUAAUCCGGUAAUUAAGAAGGACAAUGACUUUGAGACACGGUUGUAGUCAUUAAACUUGAAUUGUAGAGGUAGAAGAUGGAAAAUGUAAGCUUAUGGGUUCAAAAAGAGGGUCAAUGGAAAAAAGAUUCAUUGCUUGCGUUGUGCAGUGAUAGGGAAGAAUUAUCAGACAAAGAUUCUUCAAAGUCUCAGCUAAAGAAGCUGAUUAAAAGGUCAAACUCUCAUUCAUCAAUACCUGUAAAUGCUAUUCAAUCACAAAUCAGUAAAGUUUUCUACAAGGGUUUAUUUUUCCGACAUGUUAGUGGACUUGACAAUAGGAUUCCAAAGCAUAUGGUGAGCGCAGAUGAGAAAUAUCUUCGUCGCUGUCUUGAAUUCGUACAUAACCAUGCAGUAAAAGCAACUCAAUGGAACAUACCUUUGAGCUUAAGAGCAACAAACAUAGGGACUUUAUCAGAAAGCUUGAGUACAGGUGAAUCUUUUGUCUUUAAUUGUCCCGCAGCCAUGGAGACCAGGGGAGUAGUUAUAAGUUCUGAAACCGGAGAAGAGUGGACUUUAGGGACAGUCAUGGAGAGCAAGAGUAUGAUAAAUAUAUUGAAUAGUGCUUUGCUUAAGAAGUUUGGUGAUUCAGAUAGAAAGGAGAGUUUGAACAGGAUGAACUUUUCUGAUGCUGAGGGAUUGAUAUGCUAUGAUUUUAUGGACUCUUCUAGCGGUUUAAGUAUAUCUUCAUCGUAUAAUCUCAAAAAGGAAACAACACCGUUUGCGCAAAAUCAUAAUUACGGGUCCAUUCCUGUCCAUAAAAGGCUUGCUUCCACUUCUAGCGCCACCUCUACUAGUUCUGAUUGGAUGUCUUCAACCUCUACUUUAUCUCAGGGUAUGAUCCAAUGUACAUGGAAGCGAGGGUUACCUCAUUUUAUUUUUUCUGCGGACGAUCAGAAAGAGGUUUACGUGGCAAAAUUGAGGAAGGUAGUAGAGUCAACAGAUGAUAAGGCUUUUGACUAUGUGUAUCAGUUUCACUUAAACAAGGGAAGUCAGAAGGGUCGUGAGAUUGCUGAUGAUGAUUUGCCGCUUGUUGGGAAGAUGAAUGUAUCAACGAGUUUCACUCUUUGCUCGAAUAGCUGUCGAGUAAUGGAGACCGAGUUCACAUUAUUCCAUAACAUUGAAGUUUAUGACAACAGAUCAGAGUAUUCUCAUCACAUGAAGAACAAGGGGCUAAAGAAAAAGGUGUCACAAGUUUUCAGAACCAAUCCUUCAUCAAAACACAGAACACUCUCAAGGUUUAACAGAUCUGGUGCCGUAGCUGAGAGUUGUCUGUGGGAUCCACAAAUUGAUUUAUUAGAUGCUAAUGUUCCUCCGAAUUUUGAGAUGGCUUCCAUUGUUGUUAAAGACCAUCUUCCUUGUAAUAGGCCGGAAAAAAUAGGAGGUUGGGGCUUAAAAUUUCUCAACAAAUCUGGCGUAAACAAAACCGCAUCGCCUUCUGAAAGUUGUAAUCAAAAUAACGAUGACUGCUCAUCGAGUAUGAGCAUUCUGAUUCCAGCAGGCCUCCAUGGUGGGCCUAGAACCAGAAAUGGUGGUCCGUCUAGUCUGAUAGAUAGAUGGAGAUCUGGUGGUCACUGUGACUGCGGUGGUUGGGACGAGGGAUGUCCUCUUACUGUACUUCAGAAAAGAUCUAGCAAAGUAGAGGUUCUGUCUCAAGUAGAUACAAAAGGCGAGUGCAUGUCAGUUGAUCUAGUUACUCAGGGUUCGAACGAUAUCAGCCCGGCCUUAAGGAUGGUAAAUGUUCACGGCGGUCUAUAUUAUAUUCAUUUCAACCAACCUCUUUCUGCACUACAGUCUUUCUCCAUAGCUGUGGCUAUAAUUCAUAUGCAAAGUCCCACCCUUCGGCCAAACAGUGCACAGGAGCUGUCAUAGUACAACUAAUUAAAACACAGUUAAUUUACAGCCAUAGUUCUCUUACUGUAAUAUAAAUGCAACUCGAGAGAAGAGUCUGGUUUUUAUAUGUGAUUCAAGUUUUGUUCCUAUGUUUAGGGUUGUUAUUUUUCAUACCACCUGAUGUUAUCAUAUUUAGGAAAACUAGCUAUGUUUGUCUUUUUUGACAAUUCAUAGAUCAAAAGAUCAAUUGUAACCAUCUUUUUCUUCAUUCUUUUUUGUUGAAGAGGAUAGAAUGUAAAAGUGUUUGUUGGAGAUAAUUUGGUAAAUUGUAUAAUUGAGAUAGUGUUUGUCAUAUUUGUUAUUGAGAAGUGGAAUUUAGCACCUAAUUGAGAAAGUGUUUGUAACCAUAUUUAUGGUUAGUUGUAUGCAAA